AUGAACCCCAACAUCCCCCUAAUCCUCCGCCCAAACCCACCCCUCAACCAUCCCCCCUUCAACCUAAGCACCCUCCCCGACCCUCCCCGCCCAAUCUUUCUCUGGGGAACAACCCCCGAAGAAGUUUCCAGAAACAUCCCUCGCCCCGUCCUCGACGCCGUCUUCACCUUCCACUUCUGGGGCAUGAACCCCUGCAUCUACGGCCGCACGACUAGUGCCCGGAUGCUACGCGCGUUGAUGAAAUUGUUCCAUCAUAUGGAUGAAAGGCACAAGCCGAAAAGCUGGGCUGAGGCUUGUGACUUUACGAGGGAUGCCGGGCCGAGAUUGCUUUCUUGUGCUGUUGCCGUGGGCGUGGUGCCUAUUAGUAGGUGGUAUCCGGACCCGCCGGCGCUUGAUGCGGAGACUGGCGUGGGGUUUGUGAGGCCCGGGUAUGCGUUGGGAUUGCUGCCGGAUGUGUAUGUGGAGAGGAUGUUGGUGAGUUCUUGGAAUGUGCAGGGUGAUUCCAAUGCAGGUCAGGAUGGUAAUAGCAAUGGCGAUAACGUUGAUGGUAAUGGAAACGGUGACGCUGAUGGCGACGCCCAAAUGCAAGAUGUGACCAUGGCUGACCCUACAUCCAGCUCCACCGACGUCGGCAGCUUCAUCCAUCUCCCGCCCGUCCAACACCACCCCGUGUUCGAAGCAGUCGAAAGAGCCGUUAUGCAGUUCGCCUACGCAGACCUCGAGCGCGAUCCAACCGCAGCACCUAGAUCCCCCCGUCCACAGCUCCUCGCUACGUCUGAAGACGACCUCUACAAAUCAAUCGUCGCAUCCGUCCCCGCUACAUCCAAAGUAGCCCUCGGCGAUACAAUGACUAACGGAGUAAGUUUCAGCCCAACCGGAAAUCCCUUCCCCUACCGCGGCCGCGGCCCCGUCUGGGCCAACAACUCGUGCGCCGUUGACUGUGCAAUCGUCGUAGGCAUGUUCCUGGACGCCGGGUCCACAGUCUACGACCGCAAAGAACUAGGCUGGCAGACCCGUCUGUCCCGCGCAGGAAAGGCCUUCAUCGACGCCACUGACGCAAACUGGGACGUGCUCUCCCGCGACGAAAGCGCAUCCCUUCGCGACUCUCUCUGGAACGUACUCGCUAAGGAAUCACCCGCCGUUAGAGUCGGCCGGUUCAACUCCGUCUGGAGCGUCUGGGCCGCGGCUACGGCUAACAUCCGCCAGUUCCAGUUCUCCUGCGUCGAGACGAUAACGCACUGUCCGUGUCGCGGGACAAAUUCGACUUCAUCAUCGUCUUCGACUUCCUUCCUUUCAUCCUUCGUCACGCCACCCGUCCACCCACACGACAAAGACGGCGUCUCCCUCCAAGAAGUCAUCGCCCGCCCCUUCGCUCCAGGCUCCCUAUCCCCCUGCCGCAACUGCAAUCUGCCAGAUGUAGUUACCCGCGAGCGCAGAAUAACCACCCUCCCGCUCCGCAUGGUCGUCACCCUCGACGAGCGCGUAACCAUCAACAACCACACACAAGACUUCUCCCUCACCUACCUCGACGCCAACGGCGUCCCUCAAGCCGCUACCUACCGCUGGCUCGGCGGCAUAUACAUGCACAGCAACCAUUUCCGCGUAUGCUGGACCGACGAGAACUGCGGGGAAGCCGGUAAGGGCGCGGUGAAGAUAUACGAUGGGAUGCAGAACGCGGGGGCUAUUGUUGGUGGUGUUGGGCCGUAUCGGGCUGACGAGAGGGUGCCGCCAGACUGGUUCCGUGGGAGCACGAUUCCUUUACUUGUUUAUGAGCGGGUGCUUGAUCCGGCGCCGGAGGUACUGAAUGGUGCUAUGCAGGCGGUCUGUGGGAUGAUGAAUGCGUCUGUUACGGGCGUGCCGGUUCUAAAGGGUCAUGUUCCGUGGGCCAAGUCGGGGGAGGGUAAUGUGCAAGGUAAGGUGUGGAAUCCUAUUCUGCCAACGUUUGGGGAUAGGUUCCAGGUUAUUCCUACCCCUUAUAAUCCACCUAUUACCAUAGACGACAUCGCUAUCACUUCUACUUAUUUCCAGGAACCCCAGAUCCAAGACCAAGAUCAACCCCACCCACCACUCCCCUCAAUCGAAGAGGCCACCACCCUGUCCCUACCCCUCCCCCUCCCCCUCCCCCUCUCACCCCCAAACGACCCAUUCAGCAUCGACCCCCAAGCAACCCUAACCACAUCCACUCCCCCCUUCCAAAUCUCCACAAUCCUCCCGGUAAGCAUCCCCAUAACGCAGCGUCUAAACCUCAGCAACAGCGCCUUCCUACCAAGCGCAGACCCCGAACUCACCGGCAUCGCUGGACCAGCGGGCAGGGCGCCUGGACCGGGGUGGUAUGCGCCGGGUGGGUUUUUGUGGAUUCCGACGCCGCCGGAGGCCGAGGGCCCGCAGCGGAUGACUGGCGAGAUGGAGAGGGAGAGGAAGGCGUCACCGGAGUGGGAUACUUGGAUUCGGAUGUCGCCAUUUGGAGGGGAUACGCAGCCGAGGGUUGUUAGGAUUAGUCCUGGGAGGGAGACUGGAGGGAAAAGUGGGAAGGUUGUGGUGGGGAGGGUUGUUCAGGGGAGGGUUGAGAAGAAAGGGAGGGCUUCGCCGGGGAAGGGGAAGGAGAGGGGUUGA